AUUAUUUCUGUAUCAGGUGUCCCUCAUCCAUCAACAAUGAAAUGACUUCAGUCUCUGCACAGAACGCACUGUCCAGAAGAGCCAAGAGCAUUAGAAUAAGUGUUUCCUUUCAUUGUCUUGCCCUUUCCCGUUUGUGGGAGAAGAGCCAUGAAGAACCGUUCCUCCUCUCCCCCUUUGCACGUCCAUGUGGAUGAAAACACCCCUGUCCAUGUCCAUAUUAAAAAGGGUCAGAAAACCACACCUGCACAAUGCCAGCAAAAGCAGAAGCAGAAAGCGAAGGGGGAUACUGUGAACGUGUGUCGAAGUGUCCGAGUGAAAACGAAAGCCCCCUGGAUACCCCCAGGCAAAACAUCUGUCCGGGAGGCCCCCUGCAAAUGGGAGGGACCAGCUCACCGCCUAGAAGUUGCACCUCCAGAUUCAGACAAAAUGCCAUCAAUGUUGCACCUGAGCGACCUCUCUGCAGAUGAGGAGGAUGUUGUUUGCUGCAGAAUGAAUGAAUAUGAAAAGAAGAUAGAUAGCCUCAUAAAUGCAGUGGGAAUGAUGAAGGAGGCCAAGCUGCAGGAAAAGGAGGAACACAAGCAACUGACAGAGCGUCUCCUGGAGGAGCAGAAAGAGCAACUAAAUGAAGUCACACAAGAGCUGGUAGAAACAGAGCAUGAGAAUACGCUGCUCAGACGCAGUAUGGAGCGCAUAAGGGAAGAGAAAGACCUGACUAUGCUAGAGAAGAAGUACCUGCAGCAUGAGAAGGAGUGUUUGAUGUCCAAGCUGAGUGAGGCAGAAAGGGAUGCAUCAGCAGCAGCCAGGCAGAUCCGUGCCCUGGAAAAUACAAUUGGGAGACUCAACACUGAGAAGCACAUGAGCAGCUCAGACAUUAACACACUGACAAGGCAAAAAGAACUUCUGCUCCAGAAAUUGACCACCUUUGAAGAAACCAACCAGACCUUACGACAGCUUCUCAAAGAGCAGCACAACAAGGAGAAGGAUGCUCGGAAGUUAAUGGUGCAGCAAAAAAUCCUUCUGAAAAGGCUGGCUGACUCAGAUGCAGAGAAUGUGCAACUUCAGAUGAAGCUUCAGGAGAAAGAAAAAGAAAUGGAGAGUCUUGCCAAUGACAUACAGGCAGGAAAGGACCAGGCAAAGGCAGCAGAGGAGCUCUCCAAAUCUAUGGAGGCUGUGAAAGCCCAUUUACAAGCACAGUUGCGAGGCAAAGAAGCAGAGAACAACCGCCUGACUGUACAGCUACGGAAUCUGGAGCGCGGUGAAGCUCAGCAUAAGGCAGAGGUGGAACGUGUCGUGAAACAGCUGAAAGAAGUAAAGCAGAAGGCAGAUAGUGACAAAGAGGCCCUGAAGAAAGCCCUCCGUGCACAGAAAGAGCGCGCAGAGCGAAGUGAAGAGUAUGUAGAGCAACUGACUGCCCAGCUAACAGAAAAGGAUGGGUAUGUUGCUGAGGCGCUGUCUAGUCUGGAGACCUGGAGGAACCGCCACCAUAGAGCAGUAAAGGACAAGAGUGACCUCGAACUGGAGAUUGUUACACUGACCAGUCGUCUUGCAGACUUGCUGGAAGAUCAGGCAACUCGGGAGGACAAGGUACGGGACGUCAGAGAUGUGGUGCUGGAUAAAGUGCGUCGACAGAGUUCAGAGACCUCCAAUUUAAAAAUGGAGAAUGAAAGACUAAAGGCUAGUGUGGCCCCAAUGGAGGAAAAGCUGAAGCAAGCACAGGCUGAAGUGCAGCAGCUGAGAAUCUCUGUCAAAAACUACGAAGGGAUGAUUGAAAACUACAAAUCACAGAUAUUAAGGACCCAAAUGGAAGCAGAAGAUGCAGCAGCAAAACUGGAGAAGUUUGGUAAAGAGAACAAGGCACUAAAGGAAGAAAAUAAUAACCAGAUGGAUCUGUCAUACAAGCAGCUGCAGAGCAGGCUUGCUGAACUGGAGAAGCUGCCUGAGAUCCUAAAGAUGAAAGAAUCACAAAUAGCAGAAUAUAGAGAGCAACUUCAGAAUUCCGAGAGGAAGAACGUCGACCUGUCUGUCCAGAUUUCAGAUCUUCAGCAGCAGAUUGAGCUCCAGGGGGACAAAAUGGAGAUGACACGGGAGAGGUGUCAUUCUGCCCAGGAGGACAAAAAGCAGCUCACCUUGAAGGUGGAAGAGCUAGAAAGAAAACUAGAGUCAACGAGUGCCCAGAACAUAGAAUUCCUUCAGGUCAUAGCAAAACGGGAGGAGUCGAUCCACCAGUGCCAGCUGCGGCUAGAUGAGAAGACGCGGGAGUGUAGCUCCUUGGCACGUCAGCUGGAGAUGGCCAUUGAGGAUGCCAAAAGACAAGUGGAACAAACCCGAGAACGAGCAAUGGCGAGAGAGAGGGCGGCCCAGUCCAGGAUGUUGGAUUUGGAGACCCAGCUGAGUAGGAAUAAAACGGAAAUGAACCAAUUGCGUCGGAGCAAAGAUGAUGCAGAGCACCGCUAUGAAAGCCAUCUGCAGGAUUUAAAGGAUCGGUUGGAGCAGUCGGAGAGCACCAACCGCAGCAUGCAAAACUAUGUCCAGUUCCUCAAGUCUUCUUAUGCCAAUGUGUUUGGAGAAAGUGCCUUGCUGGGCUCCCUCAGCCACUCUCGUUCUUCUCCAUGAGGGCAAUGCUCUCCUUGCACCUCUGCUUUUAAGCACAAAGGAGCCCUGUUUCAAAGCCAUAUGUUAGAAAGUAGGUUGGCAUUUCAGGGUUGCUGUCAGGAGACGUUUUCCUCUUUUCCUUGCAGCAUGAGAUGAUAAAGUGAUGGUGACAUAUAUCCUAAAUGUAGGAUAUCAGCAAUAGGUGAGGUUGCCAUCACACCAUAAACUGUGCCCCAAACCCAGAUAUUUUUGCACAUGAUGGAGAAGGGCCUUUUCAUCCUGCAAAGUCCUGAUGGUUUCAGCUCUUAAAACCUGUCAGCGGUUUGUUGAGCAUGUUAAUGUUUAUAACAGCUCCUUUCCUUUUCACGCUUCCUUUUUCUAUUUGUCAAGGAGAUCGUGUGGGGUUUUUAUGUUGUUGGGGUGGGGUGUUUAUAUAUUUUUUUAAAACUAUUGAACAUUGUAUUGCUGCACUGGGUGACAGGAUGGUGGGAGAGGGUCCACCCACCAGAAGUGUGAAGCUGAAAAUAACUGAAGUGCCUGAGCUCUACACUUCUAAGACAUUAUUUCCUGAACAACCACAGUUUUUGUGAACAGUUUUGUACCAGAAAUAAUGAUUCGGGUUUUUUUUUUUUUUACUCCCUGAGCCUCACCUUUUUUGAUGAGUGUGAUGCUGCUGUUGCUUUACUCCUCUCGCCCUGAUUUCCUGAUCCUGAAUAUCCCCAGCACUGAGCCAAAAACAUCUGACUUCAAAAGAAAGAUUGUGGUUUAACCUCAGUUGCACUUCAGUGAUGUGAAUACCAUGUGAGUUCAGGGUAUGCAUGAAAUACUGAUUUGCUCUUAAGCCACUUAAAGAGCAGCUUUGGAUACUCAGCUCCUUUAUCAACCUAGCCUGCAUCUUCCCCUGAAAAAUCAGGUCUUCGGUGUAUGGAAUCCCUAAAAUUCAUGUGCUCUCUGGUGUCCUUUCCAGUAAAUGGUUCUAAUUCAAAACUAUGUUUAACUCCUUUAAGUCCUAUUUAUGUGCGCUGUGCUCAUGAGGCAGUAUUUGCCAUCAAGCUGUCCUAAGUUAAUCAUUUUUUUGAGAGUUCUGUAAUUGUGUGUGUAUUUAACACUUUAAAAAACCUAAAGGUGCUAUGGUAGGACAUGCAAUAAACUACAUUUGAAUCGGUAACGUU